CUCUGGCCAGUGUCCCGGAGAUAUCGUAAAUCCAAUCCAUUGUUCUUGGGGGAUUUGUGAUUCCGGUAGGUCGACAGAAUAGUGCGUGUAAUAUCCUCCGGCACGUUUCGUUUCGGAUACUGACGAUGGCUUCUGCCGAUACGCUAGCCAGAAUACGGCAUGAGAUAGUCGAUGCAACGCUACGAUUUAAUGCAAUCACCAAUGACAUCAAAGAGUUCCACGGGACUCUUAAGGAACUGGAAGUGCUGAACGAAGAGGGCCGAAAGAAGUUGGGUGCCCUGCAGCAAUGCAUCGCGAAGCUGGACGAAUAUGCAGAAGUUCACGCUGAUGCGCCGUUGCUCCGCGAGGCCACGGAGCAUCGCAGCAUGGUCCACCGCGCAAUGCUAGAUUUUCGGCGCACAAACGUUAUCAAGAUGAGGGAGAUCGAAAGUGAUAACAGGGAAGAGCUGUUCAUGUUAAGCCCACAUGAAAACGAAGUCCGCGCACGGUCGACAUCUUCGCGGGGUCGCGCAAAGGGCAACGAAUCGGGUUUGCUAAUGAUGCAGCAGGAGCAAAUCACUCAGCGGAUGCUAACCAUUACACAGCAACUGAACGAUGCCACGCAAAAAUCGGCCUCAUCGCUCGACGUGCUUCACGCGACCAGUGCCACGGUGAACAGUACGCGUGACGAACUUCUCAAAGCGGCCGGCAACAUUCAAAAGUCCGCCUGGCUACUGGACAAGCUUAACCGGCGCAACUGCACGGACAAGGUGCUCUUCGGGCUCGGACUGACCCUGUUUUUGGUGGUCGUUCUGUAUAUAUUUAUGCGUCGCUUGUUUGCUUGAGCCACUUGACGGUGGAAAGUUGCAAUCAUGUCUUAGUUUUCUAUUUCCUUCGUAUUUAAUAAUCCGUAACAGAACGAUCAAUUGAAAUAAUUAUUCUUUUUAAGGUCUUAGGUGAAAGUAUGAGAUAGAAGACGCGUAACAGAAGGUUGAUAAGUUUAGAUUGGAUCGAAGAAUGUUUCCAGCAGCAGAUGUUAAACUCGAUUAGUUCCCCAAAAAUUGUUAUGCGAUUUUUAUUCACUGCGAAGCUGGAGCAUUUCAAAGUCCUCUACUUUCGACAUUCGGCUACAAUGGAGAAAUUAACGCUGUGAACAUUUCUUGUAGCGUUUGCUGAUGAAGGUAAAAACGCACCAAGGAAGUUAAUAAGGAUCCGGUAACGGGUAUAUGCAUAUUUGCGAUAACCACGGCCUUCGAGGCC